AUGUCCACCCCAGACCCCCCCAUGGGAGGGACGCCCCGGCCGGGCCCCUCCCCAGGACCAGGGCUUUCUCCAGGAGCCAUGAUGGGCCCCAGCCCUUCCCCAGGCUCUGCUCAUAGCAUGAUGGGACCCAGCCCAGGUCCCCCAGCCUCUGGACACCCCCACCCUCAACAGGGGCCCUCAGGAUAUCCUCAGGAGAACAUGAACCAGAUGCACAAAGUAAGACAGAAAACGGGCAUAUCCAUAACUGUAAUGUAUGUAAAAUGUCUGCAAUGGUACCAUUUUAUGAUAAUUUUAUUGCAUUAAUCUAUUCUUCCUUUACUGUACAUAAGAAAUGUAUGUGCUAUCUAAGUAGGACAUGCUUAUGUUGAAUGUGUGAGUGAUGUACUGGGCCGUACGCUUUACCCUAUGUAGCGCCUUGCGGUUGGAUGCCUAGCGAUGAUGCAGCCAGUCAAGAUGCUCUCAAUGGUCCUCUGUAGCUCAAUUGGUAGAGCAUGGCGCUUGUAACGCCAGGGUAGUGGGUUCGAUCCCCGGGACCACCCAUACGUAAAAAUGUAUGCACACAUGACUGUAAGUCGCUUUGGAUAAAAGUGUCUGCUAAAUGGCAUAUUAUUAUUAUUAUUAUUAUUAAUGGUGCAGCUGUAUAACUUUUUGAGGAUCUGAGGGCCCAUGCCAAAUAUUUUAAGCCUCCUGAGGGGAAGAGGCGUUGUCAUGCCUUCUUCAGGACUGUGUAGGUGUGUGUGGACCAUUAUUUAAUGGAGUUGUGCGCGGCCACGCAGUCGUGGCUGAACAGGGAGUACAGGAGGGGACUAAGCACACACCCCUGAGGGGCCCCGUGUUGAGGGUCAGCGUGGCGGAUGUGUUGUUGCCUACCCUCACACUUUUGUCUUAAGUUGAGAAUGCUUGGGCUAAUAACUUGACAAAAUGAACCACCUUGUGACUGAAGCAGAAACUGGCUUUCAAAUAAACUAACUCAGGAGGUGGAUGGGCUGUGCUUUCAGGUUCUACCAGUCUAGUGUCUUAUUUUCCCUGUGCAGUUCAUGAUCCGUUGUUUACACUCUGCUAAUGCUCUACUGAGCAGCCUCUGCAGAGAAAGCUUAUCUCUGUUUAGCUACAGUUUCAGCUUGGCUCAUCUUAUCUCAACGUUCAUGUACAUUUUCCUACGCUGAGCAUGGAUAGGGUGGCCUUCUACGUAUAUUCCCAACUAUUCCUACUUGUGUAUAUUUGUGCCAGUCAUGCAUAUUCAAACAAAACAUACAUUUAAAUGACUACAAAAUGGCUACCAUCUUGAGAAUUGGAUCUUGUUAUUCAAACCAAUUGAUGUAUUUUAGGUCAUUUGGGCACAUCCGAGAACCUACAGCUCAGAGAACACAAAGUCCAUUUGUGGAUGAAGGCUACAUAGAGAUUGUCUGGUACGCACUUGGGCUGGGAAUUGCCAGGGACUUCACGAUACUAUAUAUAUUGCGAUUCAAUACUGGGAUUUGAUGUUCCAAACAAAUUGCUCACCAUAUGUCUGCUGCAGUGGGACAAAAGAAUCAUGAGAAAACACGUUUUUUGAUCAGUCAUGGAAAUAAAAGUGCUGAAAACAAAUUGGCUCCCUAUUUAAAAAGAAGAUGGAGAACAAGCUAUGAAGGAAAAAUACUGGAGUUUUGGUGCAGAUACAGCCAACUAAUGCGAUAUUGUCAAAACAAUACAAUAUAUCGUCAACAAUAAUAUCCCAAUAUGUAACUGUAUCAAUAGCCCCCCCAAGGUACCAUACCAUGGUGUACUGAAUAGAUUAGAUUGCAUGGAGGAUAGAGGAAACAUUGACUCUGUUAUUGAAGGAGCUUAACACAAAAGGUUAACUUAUUAGCUUUCCAUAUGAUCUUAAAAUGGUGAUUGUGAUUUUAGGCUUAAGCACAAUUGUCUUUAAAGCCAAUUACCUGAAAAGAGGAACUGUGAACGCUAACUCGUGUAGACGCAUGUGCACUUGUACUGUGAACUCAACCAGCCACUUUCUCCUCUUUCGCUUCUGUUGUUUUGUUGGGUAGCGUGAGCAGCAGAUGCUCAGUGGAGGGGCAUGAGGCUUCCCCUUUCAGACAAUGAAGGUGGCAGCUGUCUGCUACAAAAACAGUCAGUCACCAAGGAGAGAGAGACAGAGGGGCUGUUGAAAUACUGUAAUACAGGGGAGGGUGUUUUUCUGUUGACUCUUCUAUCCUGUAUUGACUGGUGACAGAGGGUGAGGCUCAGCUGUAAUGUGUGCAAGUCUGUUAGAGAUUGUGAUUUGUAAAGUGUUUGUAUCGCCAGUCCAGCCCAUAAUCAUAAUACCAGUCUGCAUUUUGGUUUUGGCUAACAUUUGGCAAUUUGGCUAACAUUUCUUCUGGUCUGUUAGCAUCCAUUUCACCACUAUUUUCAAUGUAUCUAGCCAUUUUAUUAGUCAUUCAAAUCAGUUUCCCACUGUUCUCAAUUAAAGGGACAGUCAUGCCCUACCAUUCCCAGGGAAGAUUACUUUUCUCACCUGUGCUGUUGUAUCUCCUCCCCAGGCUACCCCUCUCCACUGGGGGGUUCUGAGCACUCUCCCAGCCCUGUGCCAGCCAACGGCCCUUCCCCCGGCCCCAUGAUGCCCUCCGGCCCUGGAGGUGUCUCCAUGGAGGGCGGUGACCCCAAGGCCACGGGCCAGCAGGACUGCGGUGGUGUCCUGAGUUUUGGUUCUGUGCCAGGUGGGGUUGGGCCGGGUGGAUCUACCCCCUUCAACCAAAACCAGCUGCACCAGCUCAGGGCCCAGAUCAUGGCCUACAAGAUGCUGGCUCGCAGCCAGCCCCUGCCAGACCACCUGCAGAUGGCCGUGCAGGGCAAGAGGCCCAUGCCAGGGAUGCAGCAGCCAGGGAUGCCCAACAUGCCCCCUUCCUCUGGGCCCGGAGCAGGGCCUGGGGCGGGGCCCGGACAGCCACCAGCACACUACAACAGACCUCUUGGUGAGUGGGGUGGGCACAUGCAAGGUUAUGCUACACAGCCUGUCAAUGAGUUUUGCAACCCUAUGAAUUACACAUAAAUGCACAUAAUUACAGUCAAUCACACACAAAUGCUGUCUGUCUUAAACAAAGAAAAUAAAUAAUUUGAAUGCUGAACACGGACCCCUGGUGGUGAAACUUAAAAACACGCUCUCAGUUCAAGCACCAUUUUCUACGUUAACUAUACUUCAAUAAGGGAUGUCUGUGAGUGUGAAUGGCCAGGCAGUGUCUGAUCAUAUCUAAUGUCCCCUGUCAUCUUGCAGGAAUGGUAGGCCCCAACAUGCCUCCUCCAGGACCCUCAGGUGUUCCCCCUGGUAUGCAGGGCCAGCCCACCAACGGACCCCCUAAACAAUGGGCCGAAGGUGAGCCUCAUCUUGACCCCUGGGCAAUGAUUCACCUGUGUGUGAGAGGGCACUAGUCUGUAGUGUUUUUAGUCCACGUUCUUCUCUUUCCUGUGCUGAAAAUUUCACCAGACCUAUCACAAGAAAUACACACAUAUUAAACAGAUAAUCAAUACACCAAAACACUCUGUGGAAUGGUAGAACUAAUAACUCCUUCAAUGCCAUAUGUUCUAGGGCCCAUGGUGAAUGCUUCUGCUCCAUCCAGUGCCCCCCAGAAGCUGAUUCCCCCUCAGCCCACUGGCAGACCCUCCCCUGCUCCCCCCUCCGUGCCCCCAGCUGCCUCCCCGGUCAUGCCCCCUCAGACCCAGUCCCCUGGGCAGCCCUCCCAGCCCCCACCCAUGGUGCUGCACCAGAAACAGAACCGCAUCACGCCCAUCCAGAGGCCCCAUGGCCUGGACCCA